AUGCCGGGCGACCAUGACAGGCAGCAGGAUCAGCAGGCGCUCACCACCGUGCAGCGCGACGAGGACGUGAGCAAAUUCGCACAGGUCAUUGCCGCGGCCUUUGCCAACGACACACUAAACCGAUAUAUGUUCCUCGGCCGCGAGUCCCGACCGGACCACCCAAAGCUGUCGCAAACUGACCUUCGGGUCGCGUUCUGGCAACCUUUGAUGGCAAGUCGGUUCGAAAAGGGAGGAAUUCUCGUGCAGACGUACGAUUGGGCCGGAGUCGCUCUGUGGUGGGUCACCGGACUCGUCCUCGUCGUCCCUCUUCCACUCCCUCCGUUCCAUUGGGGGAAUAAUGCAUGGUCGCAAAUGAGCAGGCUCCCUCCUGGUGUCGGAAAGCCCAAUCCCAGCGAUUCUGCUGCCGGCGGCAGUGGUGAAAACCCGGUCCCUGAGGGUGCUGCCGAGUAUCGAGAGAAAUUCGACGCCCUGAAGCAGAAAUACUUGGGCGGCCGGCCGCACUGGUAUCUCAACCUGAUUGGCAGAUUACCCUCAAGGCGAGAAGAAAAAGGCGCCAUCCGUGGUCUGAUCGAACCCUUCCUCCAGAAGGCAUGCGAAGAAAACCUGCCCGUCUGGCUGGAGGCGACCAACCGGCACGCCAAAGAGGUCUACAGCUACUUCGGGUUCAGGGUGGCGGAGGAAGUGAGAAUCGGAAAGGGAGUGGUUAACGCCGAGGGUUGGGUUCAAGCCGAUGGAGAAGGUGUCCUGCUCUGGGGAAUGGUUGCCGGCCUUUAG